GACGCUUUCAUAAAUUUGUACAUGUAUACUGGUAUUAUUCAUUUUGCCGGAAUAUUUCUAAUAAUUUUCAUUCACGUAAAAACAAAUUUUUAUAAAUACCAAAGACUUGACUCAAGAAAAGUGCAAUUUCUACAAAUCAAAGACAGACCGAAUGAUCGAAUACUGACAGCAUAAACGUGUUACAUUACUACAUUUGACAAACCUUAAAAACAUAUGUUGAAAUUACCAAAAUGGUUCUACUAGAAAAUGAUACGUUUUUAGUGGAAUUAACACGACUUUUCGAUAAAUCUCGACUUUCUGGUUCUGUAGUACUUACUAUUAAAAGAUUUAAUGGACACAACAAACCAGUACCAAGAGAAGGUAGGCCUGCGUUACCAACACCAACUGAAUUUCUUUGUUUAGUAAGAGCUACAUUAAGAUCCAAAAAGAUUUCUACUGUUAUACAUUCUAAGGACGUAAAUAAGUUCCAACAAGCAUAUUGGAAUUUGUUAAAGUCAAAUAUCAAUGGCCUUAAGAAACUAAAAAAGGUUAAAUCUGCGAAACCUAAAGUUCAUUAAUAUUGUGACAAUUCAGUGUUUGACAUUUACUUAUUAUAUAUAUUAUUAAAAUUUUUUGUAUAACACAAAACAUAUUUUCCCUAAUGUAUAAUGCAAUACUGCCUAAGAAAUAAAUCACAAUGUAAUAAUUUACAACAUAAAAAUACAUGCCAAUACAAAUACAUUGUUGAAUUUUUGUACUUAAAUAUAUAUAAAAUAUAAUUAUUAUCAAUACGA